AACCAGCAAAAACGUAGAAAUCGCGAAUCCGCAACCGUUCCAUCUGAGAAGGACAAUCCGUCCACCAGCGCGCUACAAGAACUCACGUAUGACAGUUCGCCUCCGUCCGCGCCAGGUGUUGUGUUCAAAGUGUCGUAGCAUCUGCAACGAGAACUCCGAGAAUGUGGACCUCUCGAGGAAACGCAAGGGAGCGGAGCAGAUGGCGAAGGUGGAGAAAAGGCUCUGUUCCCCCGGCGAAGUGCCGUCGAAAAGCCCUCGACCAUUGUUUUCGGAGAACCAAAGUGACAACCAACCUGUAAAAAGUGCGAGUCCCCCUUCGGAAAAUUCAAAGAUGUGCCCUUCUCUCAUUCCCAAAAUAUCAAGACUGCAACCAACUGAAAUUUCCAAUGCCUUAAGUGGGAAUGUAAACAAAAUAAAAAUUGUAGAAAAAUACUGGAUAAGACCGACCGUAGGCCCUCAGGUAGAUAGUCUCAGGGAAUCGGCCGAAGGGAGCAAAAAAGUAUAUUGUGUUUCCAUGGACCCCAAAAUGCUAGUCGAGGACCGCAAUUGUGACUCUGAUCAUUCCUCUGUACAUAAUGUUGUGAGUGGAAAGACUGAGGAGGAGGAGGAGGAGGGGGAUGAGGAGGAAGAAGAGGAGGAUGUGACGUGGCCGGCUGACAGGGCGUCCUCCAUGCCGGGACUGGUAGACGGCAAGGAACGCAUGGUCCUGCGCAAGAAGCGUAGCGUGGGCUCCAUGGAGGACUUGUGGGACGAGAGUGUGUUUGAGGAUAGCAUGCGAAAGGCCCGCAACGCGCGCACCACCCCUGUCAUCAAGAUAUCUUUCGGAACCCAGGGUGAGGGUACCGUGCUAAAGAUUCCAGCCAAGGUACAGAAGUACAUUCCUAGCGAGAGUGAGACAGAGGACAAGGCAGACCAGCAGAAACAAAAGACGAAGGACGCGAGCGCGAAGGCUGCCAAACGGGCGCUUAAGAAAGCGAAGAAGGAGGCGCGCAGAAAAAUGAUGAGCGCCAGCGGGGCAUCACCGCGGUCCCUGAGCGGGGGAUCCCCGGCCUACGCCCUAGGAGGCACUUCCCCGGCAUAUGAGGCGCUAUACCACCGCAAGCACAAGCACAAAGUAAAGCACAAAAAGAAGCACAAGGAGGAGCGACGCCACAGCAAGGAUGAGGCAGGGGGGACAAUGCUGGUGAAGGGUGUCGGGGACCCAAAGCGUUGGAACAUUCUGGCCCCCAGUGACUCGUAUAGCGCUAUCAAGGAGCGGUGUCUGAAACAGAAGUUGUCUAUCAGCCUCAAGCGCCUCAACGCAAAUGCCUACAUGCGCUGUGACUAUCUGGGCUCAAACGGUUCCAAGAGCCCUGGGACUAGUAGCUGCAGCAACUCUGAGCUAUCCGAUGAUCAUGGUGAGACAGUGCCCGAUUUCCCACCACCAACUAGCCACCCUCUCAUGAUGCGGAUAUCCACCCAGACGGUGGGCUGGUGCAUCACUGGUGAUGGCCGACGGAUGGCCGUGGGAGAUGUCGUCUGGGGAAAGAUCCAUGGCUUCCCCUGGUGGCCAGGAAAAGUAAGGACACUGCCCUUUUUCUUACUACUACAUGGUUAUCUUAGUUAUAUCACAUCUGGAUACCUGUAUUCUCAAGGACGUCCUCCAUGCCGGGACUGGCNGGCAUCACCGCGGUCCCUGAGCGGGGGAUCCCCGGCCUACGCCCUAGGAGGCACUUCCCCGGCCUAUGAGGCGCUAUACCACCGCAAGCACAAGCACAAAGUAAAGCACAAAAAGAAGCACAAGGAGGAGCGACGCCACAGCAAGGAUGAGGCAGGGGGGACAAUGCUGGUGAAGGGUGUCGGGGACCCAAAGCGUUGGAACAUUCUGGCCCCCAGUGACUCGUAUAGCGCUAUCAAGGAGCGGUGUCUGAAACAGAAGUUGUCUAUCAGCCUCAAGCGCCUCAACGCAAAUGCCUACAUGCGCUGUGACUAUCUGGGCUCAAACGGUUCCAAGAGCCCUGGGACUAGUAGCUGCAGCAACUCUGAGCUAUCCGAUGAUCAUGGUGAGACAGUGCCCGAUUUCCCACCACCAACUAGCCACCCUCUCAUGAUGCGGAUAUCCACCCAGACGGUGGGCUGGUGCAUCACUGGUGAUGGCCGACGGAUGGCCGUGGGAGAUGUCGUCUGGGGAAAGAUCCAUGGCUUCCCCUGGUGGCCAGGAAAAGUACUAAGCAUAACAGUAUCUCGGAAGGAUGACGGAGCUUCCCUAGCACCACAGGCUCAUGUGGCCUGGUAUGGCUCAUCUACCUCUUCACUAAUGCCCUGUGAUCAACUUAGUCCGUUUUUAGAGACAUUCAAGACAAGGUACAACAAGAAGAAGCGAGGUCCUUACAAGGAGGCGAUCAGACAAGCAACAAGCGAAGCAAGAAGGGAUGAUAGAACAACACUGCUACCAGUGACAUCUUCUCCUAGGGAAGUGAAUGUAGUGUCAUAGUUAAUCUGAAUAGGGUGCUUGUGCUUUGUGGCACUACAGUGACAUACAUAGAUCUGAAUGGACAUUCACUAUGAGGGCUCCAGUGAAUCAGUUUCACAUUUUCUUCUUCUGCAUUUGUUCAUCAACACCGUGCAUUUGAUUUGGUAACAGAAGUCCAUUCAAGGGAAACCAAUAAUGACCAGUUUUCACAUCUGUAAUAAGUUCUGAUGUGAAGGUCAUAGAAGACACUGUUCACAUGUUUCAUACCAGUUGUUUGAAUACAGAUAAUACUAAGACUUACUGAAACGUUUUGUAUGGUGACAGGGUUGCCACGUUUAUACCAAACCUAGCACAUACUAAGGAUAAAUGUGUCAAAUUAUCUUACUGUUCUAUAUUGAAAGCUGUAAAAAUAUGUUAAUUUUCUAGGUGCCAAACAUUUUACUUUUUCUUUCUGUAAACACCCUAGCAGUGCUGUGCUGCUCCAUACUUGCAGUGAUGUUCCAGUGUAUGAAGAUAUUUUGUUUCAUCAUGCCAUAAAUUUUAUUGUGAGCACAGACUCAGGUGGAGGAGUCGGACAUCCCCCGUAAUGAUUCACCCUAUGAUGGUCACUUCAUGGCUGUUCUGUGUUGGAGCUCACACACAGUCGUUCAUGUCAGUUCAUUCAGCACUGCUACAUGCAGAUGACUUUUGGACAAUACAUUUGUAUUCCUGGCAGGCACUCUGAUUGUGGUUUCAUAAUGUCCAUUUUAUGUGUUAACUUUCAUUGCUGCUGUAUCUUGCUUUCUAUCCUAAAUUUACAGAACAUUAAUAUUUUGACCAUUAUUGCAAGAUUAUCAUUUGUUAAAUGAAUGAUUUCUGUUACAUUGUCUUAUAUUGUUGAUCUGUCACAGAGUGAUGAAACUGAUAUUUGAAAUGCUGGCAGAGCUUGUAGCCUGAAGUGUAUGCAUUUCUUUACAAAGCAAAAUUAUUUCCAUUGUUUCUGCAUCCAAAUUUUUCUGAACGAUUCAGUGUGUCUUACAAAGUGAUUCAAACGUAAACACCACAGUACUUGGCAUACAAUUCAGAACAAAAUUAUGUGAACAUGGAAGUUCUCUGAUAAUGCUAGGGUCUCAUUUCAUCAAGAUUCCAUUUUAGACAGGUUUUAUUAUACUAUCUUCCAUUCUGUAUCUCUAAGUAUAAAGUAAAAAGUAAAGGUAUCGCUGUAACAGGCCCGGGAUGCCCAUAGGGUUGUGAUAUGUUGAGGUUCCCAACUAAUGCAAAUGGGUAGCUAGAUCCAAAACAUAAUUAUAUAUUGUAGCAGGAAAUUUUGUUUUGUCAAGACAUAUGUUUAUGAGCCCCAGAAGACACGAGUCCAAAUUGCUUUAAAGUCUAAGCAUUAAGUCCCAUUAUGAAGUGCAGAAUCUUACCAGAUUGUGUAACCACUAAGCAUAAGCAGGGUAAUGUAAAAGUGUUUGAUCCAUUGUGCUUCUGACUGAAUAUGAACAGUAAACAAUAACACGAAAGUUGACAGUUCUAUAUUUCAAAGUGCAUGGUUUGACCCCUUGUGCAGGAUGCGUCAGAAAGAAUGGUUGGAUUUCAAGCUACCAUUACGCCACAAUGGGAGGAGGCGUAGAGUGGGGGGCCGACUGCCGGGUCGGCGGGAGAACGCAGUUUCAGUUGGUAAAAUGGAGUGAUCGGGUGCACAGCGUGCAUUCAUGAUAGAGACGUUUUUGAAAAAUAGAGUGUCUGUGAUUGCCACUCACUGAGCCUUCCGCACUCAUUUCGAGCUUGGACGUCGCAAUAGGAUCCCUACUCGAAACACAAUUUUGCAGAGGGUGGCUUCAUUUUGUGCCACAGGUUGAAUCUUAAAGAAUAAAUCACCUGGAUGGCCACGGAGUGUUUGUACACCUGCAAAUGUGGAGGCAGUAAGGCAGUCAGUUGUCCAGUCACCUCAACGAUCAGGUCGCAAACAUACUGCUGCUCUGAGAUUAUCUGAUGCUACAGUAAGACACAUGUUGCAUUUAGACCUUAAAUUUCACCCCUACAAAAUGGCAGUUGUGGAAGAACUUCAUGCAGAGAGACUGGGAUAAUUGUGUUAACAGUUGCCAGUGUAUUCUUGUGAGCAUGACCCCUACUGUCAUUCUGUUGACCAGUGACGAAGCCCAUUUCCACCUAUCCAGCUGUGUAGAUACACAGAAUUUCCAGUAUUGGGCAGGAACCAAUCCUAAAAAAACUGCAUGAAAGACCUCUUCACAGUGAGAGAGUAACUGUUUGGUGUGCUGUAGCAGAAUUUGGUGUUUGGGAGCCUUACUUUUUUGAGAAGGAUGGCCAUGCAGUAACUGUUACAAGUGCUCGUUACAUUGAAAUAUUACAAAAUUUCCUGCAACCAAGGCUGAAUGAGCUUGCUGUUGAUGCUGAGGACAUUUGGUUUCAACAAGAUGGGGCCACUGCUCACACUGCGCGACUAACAAUGGGUCUCCUGAGAGGGCUCUUUCUGGGGCACAUCGUCUCGCAUUGCGGUGACAUUCCUUGGCCCGCACAUUUGCCCGAUCUUGCGCCCUGUGAUUUCUUCCUUUGGGGCCAUUUGAAGGCAGAAGUUUAUAAACAUUGACCAUUUGAAGGCAGAAGUUUAUAAACAUUGACCACAUACACUGGAUGAUCUGACAGUGAUUCGAGAAGAAAUCACAGCAGUUCCAUCAGAUAUGGCCGCGAGAGUGAUGAAUAACUUCAGAAAACGCCUCGACGUCUGUAUAAGAAGCCAGGGAUGUUAUAUGGGUGAUAUUGUAUUCCAAAAAUAAACUACAUAUAUUGGCAAAUCUGAUGGUAACAAUAAAAUUUGGAUUUGAUGAAGCCUUACCAGUUUUAUUGCCCUGUGAAUUCCAUCCAUUCUUUCUGACGCACCGUGUAUAUCUGAAUCUGAGGUACAACUGACAUUGUUUUAACCACAAAGAUUUCCAGGAGUCAUUUCCAAUCAUCCAUAUUCCAGAUACUGAACACAGUGACUGGACUGCAUUUCCAGCAUAAGCUCAGGGCUAAAGUUUCAAUUAGGUUUAGUUAUAUGGCAAUACAGAGUUGGAAUGUUGUCAUUGCACACUUGACACAUACUUAUGCAGCUGGAAAAAUACUCGUGCUAGGAUUAAAAUAAAUAAGACAGCACAGUCACUGCUGGCAGUGACAUCUUGCUGUUGAGCUGCAGCACUCCUGAUGAAAAUGUAUAUUAAUUCUGAUUCUUAAGUCCUUAACUUCACCAACUGACCACAGUAUCUGAGUCACUGCCUUUGCAAAAUGUUGGUGGAUUAACACAUUGACUGCCACAGUAUCCUCUAUGCCGAACAAUUUUCCUUCCAAAAAACUGAUUAGCCUUUUGUUUGCUAUAUUAUUUUCAGCAAUUAUUUUACUUCCAUAAUCUGAGGAAUCAUGUAUAAAUUCACUAUUUCUAUCUAAAAAAUGGACAUCUGAAGUGUUUCCUCAUUGGAUUAAAAAAAUAUCCAUAUAGAAGAAAUCAUGCAAGUUUUGUAGACUCUGUAAUAAAUGUAAUAGAUGAAAACAAAUGGGAAAUAUAUGUGCUUAUUUCUGUAAUAAAGCAUGGCCAAAAUAUGAACUAACACAGUUCAAAUGAUCCCAAGACACUGCAGGCAGGCUAGAAAAGUCCUGAAUAAGUGCAGAUUAAGAUGGCAAAAUUUUAAUGAAGUUUACAUGACUACAGCAUAUACUGUUUGGGUGAGCAGUGAAAGGGUUAAGAGAUAAUUCAGUUUCUUUAAUUCUACUUAAACUCUACAUAUCUUCAUACAACUACAAGUACUGAAAAAAAAAAACUCAGUAUUCCAGGAACAAGCAACUUUCAGUAAUGAAAGCAAAUAGUAAUAAUUUAACAUGGAAUGCAACAUCUGUUAAUAUGUUUAUUAGAAUAUUCUCACACACAGAGAUGAGGCCAUCUAGAACUUUCCUGUUUGUGUCAUGUUUCAUUACAGUCUCAAAUCACAAAUGAAUGUGCAUUUUAAUCAUAAUUUUUACUUUUCCCAAUUGAAGUGACUUAUUUUCCGCAGAUCUGACUUUUUGAAUAUGGCAAGGCAGCUAUCCAUCUAGUUUAUUAUAUGAAGGAAAGCAUGCUCUUUCAUUAUCUUAUGUUUGCUAAUUGUGUAUAUGAGACCAAUUGCCUAGGGCUCACCUCUUGGCAAGGGUAGGAAUUUUUCUGUUCACAACCACACUCAGAGCAGCCCUGAAACCCAUCCAGCCUCAUAUCCAGUGAUUACUGGGAGCUCUGGCCUCAGGUUAAACAUCCAUAGCAUGGAGAUUUGUUCCAUAUCUCUUGCACAAUCUCCAUGCUAUAGUGAAUGGUCAUGGGGUAAUUUUUUUUUAUCUUUAACUGGGAUUGUGUAGCAGCAAUCAAAAACAUCUUAAAUAUUGAAGCUCACAGACUGAUUUAUCAUAUGCAACACUUCCCUUGUAUCAACCCUGUUUCUUGGUUCCAUGAAAAUUACAUUAAACCAUUUAAAUUUUUUAAGUAGUUAUAUUUUUUAAGUCAAGUAAUAUAUAUAUAAAAAUGUAGUACCAACACUAUCAUGGCAGUAGAUGUGUUCUGUCUUUGUCAUAUUUGCCUUUUUUUUUAACUCUCUUAUAAUAUGGGUUGCUUGUAAUCCCAGGCAUGUCAACAGAACCAAACAAUGACGUUUUUUCAGUAUAAUGUUUCAGUUUUCCCCAGAAUGAGAGUGUUAACAGUGAUUUUUAGAGUUGUGUGUCUGUAUUUUAAUGACCCAUCUCUCAAGCCCUCAUUAUGUGUCUUGCUGUGGGUUUUGAAUCUCAGUUGCAGAACCGGGUAUAUGGAUAUUAAAUUAUCUCUCUCUUUUUUUUUUUACUGGGGCAGCAGUGCUCGUUUUUCCACACUGGCUAUGUCAGUCCCUUCAUCUUAAAAUAUUUAUAACACAUUUGUUUCUGUCUUUUCUCCAUUGUCUGUGAGUUGUAAUUUUACAUACUGGUACUUACAGACAAACCAGAUCAAAUGUAAGCACUCUUCAGUUCUUAUGGUUCUAAGGCACCAAGGAAUUAUAACUCGGAAAUCUCAUUUGUGAAGGGGUAGGGUGGAUAAAUAUUUAUACAUAUUAAUUGUGAUACUAUAAUGGUGUGUUUGGAAUGUGUGACAUCUCGAAAUAAUCUGUGAUGAAUUGUUUUGAAAUCUUCAUUGUAUUUAGCCAGGGUUUUUUAGUGUUGCAGAGGUCUCACAAGCAAGAAUACACAUCAGUGAUUAUAUAAAGAAGGAAAUUAAUGGUUGUCUGAAUAACAUUUUGAAGGAAUUUUUUUACCACGUCAGUUAAUUUUUCCAGCUAAUUGUAAUAAUAAUUGCUAAACAUUUGUCAUAAAAGUAAUAACAUAUUUUAAUAAGAGUGCAGUAAAACACAAUUAGUAUGAAAUUUGAAAUUUACAGAUACUCAAAUUAAACUCAUGCAUACUGAAAACCCUUUGUACAGGAGUGCAGGUGACCUGAUUGAAAUUAAACAUUUACCUUAUCUAAUGCUCAUGCCUUCAUGGCAUGAUGCCUGGGCACAGCAGUAGCAAUGCCUUUACAGGUGCUUAUAAACAACGACAUUCUGAAUUGUUUAUUCAUGACUCAGGGUCAUCAUAUAGUGCAUUCCAUGUUGAACUGUGGAUGUAAAAGGACAACUUCCAUGAAGUUUUCACAAAUUUUAUAGAGGUCAUGGGGUUACAGCAGUUGUAAGUAAUCUCAUUUCCAUUACUGUGUAAUGAUGCCAUGGUGUGGUGGGCUGGUUUGCCAGCAUUUAAGAGAACCUGGAUGUCUCACUCUUCAAGGCACAGAAUUUUUGACUGUCUCAUGGACCAGAAUUAUAAUUAACAGUGAAAUAAUGAUACACCGCUGUUUGGUCACUUCACCCUGAUGGAAGGAACAGAAUUAUUUAAAUAUGGUCAUAUGUUUAAGUGACAAUAUACAGGUUUGGGAUUGGUAAUUGGAUUUAUUGGACACUUUUUUAGCUUGUGAUUACACUUCACAGAUCAUUAUCACACAUGGGCUAGUGUUAUCAAUCACACUGCUUGCUAACAGUUUCCAACAGUGGAUGUUCCUCUGCUUCCAUGCUCAUGUCCUCACAGGGUGGCAACCAUCUUGCACCAGCCUCAUACUCUGACUGCUGGCUUCAGCUGGUACUUCCUUCAUUUGCUAGCUCCAGGGCUGAACUGAACUGGCUUUCAACUGUCAACCUCCAACUUCACCUGUCAGUUCUUGCCUGGCUCCUGAGCCGACGUACCUGCUUUCCAACCGCUAAAUGAACUCACAACUCCACAUUGAAUCCUUAUGUAGCCUCAGCAUGGGCCACAUAGAGAACAUGGCUUCCAACAGUUCCUCUAUUGUUGCAUGCGCAUGUUGCUUAAUGAUGGAACUGGUAUUUUUGUGUUUACAAAGCUCUUACCUAGCAAUGGCUGUUUCUCUGGUCCCUUAUUCUAGCUGUCAGGCCUCAUGUUACAAUAUUAUUAAACCUGCCCAUUGCCCAAGAAUGUAAAUAUGACUACUUGCCAGUUCUGUUGAAGUUUAAUGAAACUGAUCAAUCAGUAAACAAAUAUGCCACAUAUUACAUUCAGAAUGGUAUCAAUGAAAAACAAUUACACAGUUACAUUAGUAUGGCUUGAAAACUCUUGCAUAUAGAGGAGUAACCUCUCCCAAGGUAUGAGACUUGUCUAUUGUGAAGUGUGUCUUUAAUUCCAUGGCCACUCAACCUGCCCAUGGCAUAGUAGUCACAUGAUUAAUAUAGUAUGAAUGCUAUGUAAGCUGUUGUAAAAUUGUAAUUUAAUACCUUGUAAUCAAGUGUUUUUAUCUCAACAGACCACACAGAGCUAAACAGUAGUUACUGAAUAGGCCCAACCAUGCAGCUUUCUGAAUUUAUUAACAGAAAGUAAACAAUUCACGUGUAUCAGUUACUGCAUUUAAAAGAACUUCCUGUUCCAUUCAGGUACCGUAAUCAAGAUUUGGGUGCAUGUGGUAUCACAGUGAGGUUACACAAAGAAUUAAUUCACUGACACUACCAGAGGUUCAGUUCCUUAACAUCUGGGUUGUCCAAGUGAGAUUCCAGUUGUCAGUUUGACAGUGUGUUGAUGUUCAGACUUGUUAUGCAUGUGUGUUGCAGUUUAUAAGAAUUUUGUGUCAUGCAACAUACUGACCAUCUUGGCUGUUGUAAAUGUUUGAUAAAAUGAAACAACUUUCUUAUUGUGUAUUACUGACUAGAGGAGUGAAAUGCUUUGAAGUCUGUGACCCAUUAUAAUCAGACUUUUUCUAAUCAGAUCAUCAAGCUAAUUCCACUGAUAAUAUAACAGAAAUUAUCACAUAAAGAACAUGCAACAAAAUAUAAUAUUUUAAUAAAAAUAAAUAAUAAAAAAGUGGUUAAUGGAAAAAAUAAUGCCAUAUAUGAUAAUCAUAUUACUUUUAUGAAUUUGUUUAUUUUAGUUGGAUUUUGUAUGUAGAACAAUAAAUCUGGGAGAAUUAUAUCACGAUAUUAUAUUAGUGAGGAAUAUUCAAUUAACAUGUACUUAAUUAUAAAUCAAGCUGCAGGAAGAACAGACAACAGUUUAUAGUAGGAAAAGGAAAUACUCAGUCACUUAUUAAUUUUCUAUCUAGAGUAUUGACAGAAAUAAACAUUUUUAACUGCUGGAUAUGGAUAGCUGCAUAAAGUUUAAGAACAGCCAGUGUCUCCCACACACAUUUUCUUUUGCCCGUGUGAAGCCCCUAAAAUCAGAGUUCUUAAACUCAAGAAUUCAAAUAGCUAAUUUUGCCCUUCAUAACUAAUUCCAUGGACUAAAGAUGUGCUUCCUGCCUUUUAUAGAACCUGAAGGACCAUUUCCAUGUUCACAUAAGCAGAAAAAUGAAACUUCUGACACAGUUGCCUGUGACUUUCUGUUCUUGCACUCCUUAUCUCAAAAAUGUCCCCUAGCAAACCUUAAUAGUUGUUUCUAACACAUUCUCAAGCUGGCUUUCUGUUUUUAGAAAAUAGUUAAUGAAAGUACAGUUUAGAAUCCUGUCUGCAUUUGUUUUCCCUUUAUAAAACAAGAACUUAAGUAUGAAGAUUCUUGCAACCUUUUGGGAUUGCAUGAAGUUACAGAGAAGAAUUCAUAACUUCUUUCAAUUUAUAAUACAGUAUAUUAUACAUAAUUACAUAUUCAAAAUUAUAAAUCAAUUAUGAUAUGAUCUUGCAGUGUUUGCUAGAAACAACUGAUUCCAAGGGUCCUGGCUUUCACAUUAAGGAAUACUGACCUGGCCCAUGGAAUUUUGAGUAGUCAAGCUCCACACGUGGCAAUGACUGUCAGUGUGUCCACUUUGUUUCACAGUUUGAUACUGUUUCAAGCAGCCUGAGUGUGCUGGGAACCCAUGUGACUUAAAGACUGUGUAUACAAGUGAGACCUCUGCAUACUGAAUUAAUUACUGAAACUUGCUGCUUAUACAUUACUGUAUUUAGUAGCAUAAUUUCUCAACUGCUCAGUGAGAAAGCAAUAAUGCAUUUUAUUUCCCCAGCUCUCAUAUAAUUUUGCAGUAUUUAUCCAGCCAAAUUUAUCAUUAAUAAAAACUGCAUGUUUGGGAUCCUUUCCAAUUGCAUCAUCUGGCUUCCUUUCAAGAUUGUGAUUGAAUAGUUGGAAAAAUUUGAAAUGACAAUACCGCAGUGAAAUGAAGUAGAUGUUCUGUUAUAUCGAUACAACAGUUUGGUUAGUUCACUUGUAACACAUUUAACAUAUGCAAUGGAACUCUGGUAAUAUAAACCCAUGUUAAUCUGAAUUCCCGGUAAUCCGAACUGACAUACAGUACCACCUCCAUAAAAGAAAAAUCAGCACAUCAAAAAAUUACAAAUUUAAUCUAAUUAAUCAAAUUAAUAAGAAACAUGAUAUUAUGUGUUAAUGGACCUGCCUCUCUAGGUGAUGAAAGAUGUAACUUGGUUACGGCUUACCUCAAGCCUGGUGUGUAGUUGAAUAUUCCCAGGUUCUGCUCAUUGUUUAUAUGUACCUAUAAAACUAAGCAGUUUGAUAGUCUGAAUUCACCAGUGGUUUAGUUCAGAUUAUUGUGGUUGCAUGGUAUUAGAAAAAGUUUCAUGAUCUUUCUGCUUAUCUCUUUGAGAUACGCUGUACCUUCCUGUUCACCACUAAUGAACAUCAUGAAAUCUCAUUUGUUGCUAAAGAAACCAUGUAUGUGAAACAUUUCAUUGCAAAUAUGUUGGACAUUGUUUUCUGUGUGCAGUUAUUUUACAGUAUGUUUUGAGAAGUGGCUCUACUUCCAUCUUCAGAUGAUUUUUCUUAUACUGACAUAUUUUUAUUUCCUCUUAACCAUUAACAGCAAUGGUUGCUAAUCAUUCAAACCACCUUGGUGGAAUUGUUAUUACCAUAAAAGCUUAGUACUAAAAGGGUUCUGAGUUUGAUCUUGACCCUGCCAUUGAUAUAUGGAAAAUAACCACAAAAUAAUCUGUCAGUAUAAUGAAAACUAAUCUGAGGAGAAAAGAAUAGCCAACUCCAUAAACUAGUAUAUGUUGAACAUACUUCAAACUAUGUCCACCAUAUUUGCUGUGUAAUGAAUCAUCACAUAACCUAAGAUUCCAGGUCCAGAGAACAAAAUUUUAGGAUGAAAGGGCGUGAGACUAUGCAAAUAAGUAUGGUGUUCUUUUUUCAAAAAUAUCUUUGUGUGUACAUCAUGCCUUGAAUAGGCAACUUUAAGAUCUUUGUCACUAUGUGAUGAUGCACUCUCAAAGAUGUUUUAAGUACAGUAUAUUAACAUGAUGGGUUGCUGGUACCCAAAUUAGGAAGGAUACUGAGUAGGAACCAGCAUAAUCGCCUGGUGCAAACAGAGGACCGCCAUGUCACUGCCCAGCAUUUUUUGUAUCACUUAUGUUUUCUGACUUUAUUUAAUAAGUGAGAUUUAAGAUUAUCAUAGCUGUGAAUAUGAAGAAUACUGAAGAACCUGAUGUAUUCAUCUUCAGGACAGAACCCUGAAGACAGAGGCAGCAUGUUCCUCUGAAACAGUUGUAAGUAUUCACCAGACUAAUAGCAUCACUUCCUAAAAGACAGUAAUUGUGAUUUAAUAAUUCGAGGUUAUAUCCUAAUAAUUAUGUUUGACCAUGAUGACACCACUGUCUUUAGUACAGUGUGUUAAUUACUCCAAAUUUUACAUGUUGCUUUGGCCAAUAUUAGUGAUGCUAGGAGUGAAAAAUCAUUAUGUUAGUAAAUGACAUUCACAUUCUCUAAUGUGCUAAUAACAUAUCACACAACUCCCAGUGAUAUGUCUGUCACAUUGCAGAGUAAAAUAUAUUUUCUUAAACAAGCCUGCUCACCCACUCCCAUUCCUAUACCAACUAUACCUCAGUUGCUGCCAUAAUAGUUUCCCCAAUCAUGGUCUGUCUUCCAUUGACAAUUUUUUUUUUGGCAUAAUGUCAAAUGAAGUAAAAAUAUUGUUUCUGUUAUAGCAUCACAAUAAACAGAAGGGUACAAGCUUUAAGUUUAUAGUAAAUGAAGAUGUGAAGGAGUGUGUGAAUGAAUGGUGGAUAUGUGUGAAGUCUCCAGUGGUGCGUGCACUGGAGCCAUCGUGUAUGUUGUAUCAAUGUAACUACACCUCCAGCACUGCACAAAUUAUAUUGUAAUCAAUUUGAAUAUGUACGUUCAUAUCCAAAUAAUAAUUGGGAUAUUCAGCA